GCGGGGACGCCGGCCCUCGCAGUCCCCGCCGCGCUCCUGGCCGCUCGGACCAUGGCUCCGUCUCAGGCGCCUGGCCGGGACCGUGCGGGCCGCGAAGAGGAGGAAGGCUGGGAGGCGCUGGGAGGCCGCAAGGCCCGGAAGCCCUUGGUGGAGAAGAAGCGGCGUGCACGGAUCAACGAGAGCCUGCAGGAGCUGCGGCUGCUGCUGGCGGGCACCGAGGUGCAGGCCAAGCUGGAGAACGCCGAGGUGCUGGAGCUGACGGUGCGGCGCGUGCAGGGCGCGCUGCGGGGCCGGGCGCGUGAGCGGGAGCAGCUGCAGGCGGAGGCCAGCGAGCGCUUCGCGGCCGGCUACAUCCGGUGCAUGCACGAGGUGCACACGUUCGUGUCCACGUGCCAGGCCAUCGACGCCACGGUCUCGGCUGAGCUCCUGAACCACCUGCUGGAGUCCAUGCCCCUGCGCGACGGCAGCGGCUUCCGGGACCUGCUGGGGGACGCCACAGCCGCGCCGCCGGGAGCCACCGGGAGACGUGGCUGGCCCGCGGGAGGGGUCCCGGGAUCCCCCCUGUCCAGUCCCCCACGUCCCGGGGACGACCUGUACUCUGACCUAGAGGAGGUCUCUGAGGCUGAACUAAGCCGGGCACCUGUGGAGGGGCUGGACUGGGGGCCCACGGCCUUGGGCGGCCUGACUGCAGCACGAAUGGCCCAGAGUGUGUGGAGGCCUUGGUGACCUUCCUACCACCCAGAGGUGGGCCUGGCCUUCAAGCUUCCCCUGGAGUUCAGACAUGGUGGAGUAGGCCCCAACAUAUGUCCCAAGUCUGCCCUGCCCCUGCUCCAGUGGAUGUCCACUCCUGUCAGGCCCCUGGCCCUGUUCCUUCAGGGAGUCCCUUCGGGGGACUCUACAGCUCUGGCUGGGGGGAAAGCUCCUAGGGCACCAGGGCUCCAUUCACUGGUUCCAGCCUUCUCAGACCCCCCCCCCCCAGGGUAGAAGUGGCCCUAAUGGUGCUUCUCAGGACCUGAACACUACUGUCCCAGGAAGGGGCUGGGACCUGAGUUUGCCACUUCAGUCUAGAGAGGAGGAGGCAGACACAUACUGCAGCGGACCUCCGCCCUGAUGCCACACUGUGCGCCUUGUUUGCAGCACGUUUGAGUCUUGCCUAUUUUGCUGCCAAAAAUUGCUCCAAAUGAAUUUUUUAAAUGUGGGAAUUAGCUACCCCUGGUGUCCUGUUAAUGUGUCAAAGGUGCUAAGCUAAAACACAUCUUCCCAUCUGACACAAUUUUAAUGUCUUAAGAACUCUAACCUUUGUCAGCAAAGUGAGUUAAUGCAGACUUCCAAGUUGGGAGGUACUGGAUGCCUGGCCUGCUUCUCUCCCCCUCACCCUCCUCAGGGGCACUGGGUGUGCCUUGGAGGACUCCCCUGGGCUUGGGACUUGACCUGAUUUCAAACCCCAACACAACCCAAAGCAAAAACAAUUGCCCAAUCCCUGGUCCACUGUACUAAUUUCCCAAGGCAACCACAAUAAAUGAUUAUGAACAUGGUG